GCCUUUUUUUUAUUUUUUUGCCUCACAGAAACUAACGAAGUUGUCAAGAGUAAUUACUUUUUUUCAUUUCUAUGUCUAGUUUUAAAGUCUACCAGUGAGAUAUUAAAGAAGUCUCGCGUCGGUAUGGGUAGUUUUUUGUAAAAAGAUUUGAGCUGUUGUGCUAAUAUAGCCAGCGGAAGUCGUAUUUGAGCCUCGUAUUUUGAAGCUGCUAGCUAGCUUACGUUACCGUCACGACUUGAGAGUUCUCAGUAAAUGGCCUGCACUUUAGAAAAAGUGUUGUGCGAUGCCCGGACCCUUCUGGACAGGUUAAAAGAGCACGAUACGGCCGCUGAGGGACUAAUCGAGCAGUCCGGGGCCCUUAGCGGAAGAGUGCAAAGCAUGAGGGAGGUGGAGACGGCUCUUCCAGACAAGCACACAGAAGACAAUUCAGAGAUUCAAGAGCUUACAAAGUGCAAGCCUCACAUCCUUUUGAUUCAGGAAAACACUCAAAUUAAGGAGUUACAGCAGGAGAAUAAAGAAUUAUGGCUGUCUCUUGAAGAACACCAGUACGCAUUAGAACUGAUCAUGGGUCGAUAUCGCAAGCAGAUGCUCCAGCUGAUGAUGGCAAAAAAGGAUCUGGACACCAAACCAGUGCUUAGCCUUCACCAAGACCAUGCUAAAGAAGUGCAAAGCCAAGUGGAGCGAAUAUGCGAGAUGGGUCAGGUGAUGAGAAAAGCCAUGCAUGCAGACGAUCAGCACUACUGCUCUGUAAGAGAGAGGCUCGCCCAACUGGAGAUUGAAAACCGAGAGCUUCGAGACCUUUUGGCGAUCAGCAAGGGAUCUGUGAAAACGGGGACCGAAGAAACCAACCAGCCGUCAACGCCAGCAGCAGUGUGGGAACACUCCCCUCAGGCAGCGACUGAGUGAUCGGAACUGCUUCAGACUGAACGAUGGAUGGAUGGAAAGAAGGAAAGGAGUCCAUAAGAAAUGAAAGACAGUUUUUGUACAUAACACUGAAUUCAGUCACAUAUCAUUGUAGCUAACAGAAUGAUUUCCCUGUGGGUGUAUUUAUGAGACUUGUCAUUAUGUACAGUUGAUGUACGAUCACUGCGGUAACUUUGCAGUGAAUUCCAGGUAACCCUCCUGCUGCCCUUUGGUCAAAAUGCCUCACAUGACCUCAGUUCUGAGCCUGAGGUUCAUUUUGAUCCAAAGACAGUAGGAGGGUUAAAAAAAAGUGUUUGUAAUGGGCUGAUCUGGGUUUCACUGACACGUUUAAUGUUGAUCUAAAUGCUGGAGGAAAGAGAAGAGUAUUUCUUUUGUUGGUUGAAGGACAGACUCACUCUUUAAGAACAUCAUUUCUACUCUUUGGGUUUACUCUUGCUGUUACUGACACAUCUGGAAUGAGUGAAAUGUAGCCAUCCAUUUCAUAAAACUAGCUUAUAAUUUAUGUUACAUGUGAGACUUUGUGCACGCUGCCAAGGAAACAGCAAUUUGCUGCUUCUCAAAGA